CGUACCUCUGUCAUAUAACCACAACAUAACCAAGGUUACACCGGAGCUACCGGAUGAAACUAUGAGCGACAUUUGACAGAAACACAGCGUCAUCUUGUGUCGGUCGUGAUGAGCGUCCCGGGUCUGUUGUCCUCCGCUGCCCGAAGCCUCAGCCUCCCGGGUCCCGCCGCAGGUCUGCUCUGCUCCCGGCUGCUGGUCCAGCCCAGCUCCACCACAAGAAGAAAUAUGACCUCCAAAAGACAAAUGGACCACCUGGAGAAGACAGCAAGCAACACCAGACAAAGUCCUCUGUAUCCUGCUCAAGUAUGUGGAAUAAUAAAUGAGUCCGAGACAGUGAGACGUUUGAGGAUAUCCGUCCAUCCAAACUUCAGCUUCAAAGCGGGACAGUGGGUGGAUUUCUUCAUCCCUGGUGUGGAGAAGGUGGGCGGGUUCUCCAUGUGCUCCAGCCCGUGUCUGCUGCAGCGGGAAGGCGUCAUCGAACUGGCCGUAAAAUACACCAAACACCCCCCGGCCCACUGGGUCCACACUGUGUGUGAGGUGGGCUCCCAGGUGGCCAUGCGUGUUGGCGGCGACUUCUUCUUUGACCCGACACCCUCGGAUCCCUCCGUGGAUUUGCUGCUGGUGGCUGGCGGCGUCGGGAUCAACCCGCUGUACUCCAUCCUGUUGCACGCCGCAGAUCUGCAGCGUCUCAACCAAUCCUCGGGCAGCGUUGACUACAACAUCGGCUCGGCUCACCUCUGCUACAGCGCCAAGAACACCCACGAGCUGCUCUUCCAGAGCUCCAUCAGCGAGGUGUGUCGGGAGUUCCCUGACAAGUUCUCCUGCGACUUCCACGUCACGCAACUGAGCCCAGAUGCCGACCCACGCGUCCAGCCAUUCAUCAAGCGUGGGAGAAUCACAGAGGAGCAGCUGCGGGCCCGUGUGAACCCCCAGAGGACUUUGUGUUACCUGUGCGGCCCCCCGCCCAUGAUCGAAGGCAUUUCCAAAACCCUCAUGGACUUCGGGCUCUCGAAAGACAGGAUCCUCUUCGAGAAGUGGUGGUAGAACCUCCGACGGAUCGCAGGAAUCCACAGGGUUGUCCUCGUGGCUCUUGUUUCCUUCUGUAGUUUUCAGGGGGAGGACGCACAGGGAGCGGCAAGAAUGGAGAGAAACAGAGAGAUUCCAGCGAUGUGGACAUAAAUGUGAGAGCUCGAGCAGCUGAGGGAAUUCAUCCUCUGAUCCCUGCUGCUGCAACCUGUGUCUGAUCUGCAAUAGAACCUCCGGGAGCCGCCCACGCUCCAGUUAUCUGCUGACUCCGUGGACGGAUUUGAUUUUAUGUUUUAUUUCUCAUCAUUUUAAAACCGGAAGACUGAAAAAGACAAUAGAACUUAAAGACAUUGUCCUCCUCACUGUCUGAAACAUGCAACAAAUCUCCAGCGUCAGUGUCCCCUUCAUUGUCAUGAGACACAUUUUGACACGUUACAUACCUUCAGAUUCCAUAUUACCAGCCUCCAAUGAGGUUCUGCUUAAACAGAUUAAUAGGUGAUGUUUAGUUUGACCCAGAAUUGUCAUCUUAAUGUUAAUGCACCAAUUAAUCUAUGCAAGCAUGUUUUAGUUUGACAUUUUGGGAAAUGCACUUCUUUGCUUUCCUGCCAAGGGUUAUAUGGGAAAAUGGCACCACUGUGUUUGGUAAAUAGUGAACAAAUACAUUGAUAAAAUAGAAAUACAGUAGGAGUGGUCAAAUUUGAGGGUUGAAUUAUGUGAUUUGAUUAUUUUAAAGCUGAUUUGAUUAAAACAGCUCUAAUGUGAUGGAACCAUUACUGUGUUUUAUCAUUUCCCAGAAAAUUACCAUUUAGCUUUGAGGGUAAACAGCCUUAAGUGUUGAAGUAACACGAAAUAACUGAAAAAAAUGGAGGUUUUAAUUUAGAAUUAAUAAUGGAUGGGUUGAAAACGCAUGUGGAACCAUUGCCAUUUUCUUUUAAACUGUAUCACUCAGAUAAGCAUCUGUGCUGUGUCUCCAUCCAUUAUUCAAAGCACCUGACUGACAUUUAUUUAAAACAUGCAAUUUUUAAAAAUGUAAAUACUAAAUAAUUCAUUACUCUAUUUCAUAAGCUCCUUUUUUAUUACUCCUCAUAGGCUGUUUUCUCUCCUGUUUGAUUCAAAAUCUCCGUGGUGGAGAUAUCUUUAAAUAUCCAGGCCAGUGGUUUCUCCCUGUUUCAAGUUAACACUUAGAAUAUAUCUUUACCUCGAGCACUUUGCCAGAAAGCAAAUAAGCCUACUUUUUCAAAAUGUCAAACUACUGCUUUAAUUCUCUAGAACAGAGAGAAUCAGUGCAAACAAUAGCAACGUGUUCUGUUUUUACUGCACUUAAGUGUUUGAGUGAUUUUCAUUUAUACAAGUACCUCUGAUGCAAAUGUGUCAAACCAUGUGUGUGUAUAUACUUAGUGAAGUACCUCAGAGCUAUUUAUUUGCAGGACUUGAAGAGAUUGGAGUCGUUUGACUGAGUUACAAUGAAGUGAUUGUUUCCACGUUUUUUACUCUCAUUCAAACUUCACACCAUUCUCUGUAUUUUUUGAGCAAGACGCUCAACACGUCUCUCCCACAUACGGACCACUGUCUCAGCCUGUUUUACUCAUUUACACUAUCACAUGCAAACACAUCCACAUACCCAUGAACAGUUUCCCAUCUCAGGGUGGAGUGGGUAUCCCACGGUGCACUGUAAUGGAACCUCCAGGUGGUCUCCGAUUCGCUUGGAUCACUGAACGCCCCUCGGAGAUGGCUGCGGGCUUCUUGUUGUCGUCUCUCCGUGGGAGCAGUGCCGUCGAGACUCAUUUCUGCCUUUGUUCCUCAUAUGAGGAAAACUGUUUAUGAUGGUAGCGAGACAUUUAAAGGAAAUAAAGGAAACUGAGUCGAUC